CUCUCUCUAAAUUCGACCAUAUAUAAAUUGACCUUUUAGGGUCAACCCACAUCAGAGAAGAACACCAACCCAGUCUCAUAUCUUUGAUACAGAAAGAUAAUAACCUUAUAGUUAGGGUUCUCUGUAUCAACCACACAAAUCUUUUUAUUCAUCUCAUCAGGUAGACAGGUACUUACGUAUAUGAUACAUAUAUAUAUAUAUAUAUCUCUCUUCUAUUCUCAAUAUCGUUUUUCUUUUGUUAUUACUAUUUUUUUUUUGGGUCAUAGCUAGAUAAUUAAACAUGAGCCAAAGGAAUCAUCACAUGCAACUGAACCUAAAUCUGCCAAGGCCGCCGCCACGUCGGCAGAGAGAGGAAACGCCAGAACCCAAUUCACCGUCAAGUGCGGGGGAAUCCUCGGCGUCGUCGUCGUCGGAAUCGUCGUCGACGUCAGAGAUGUCAAUCGACGGAUCGUGUGUGUCGUCGGAGGCCGAACAAGAAUCCAUGAUGAGCAGCCCCGAGAGCGUCCGUACGGCGGCGGCGCCGAUGGUGCUGGCGGGCUGUCCUCGUUGCCUGAUGUACGUGAUGCUGUCCGACGCAAAUCCCAAGUGCCCCAAGUGCAAGAGCACUGUCCUCCUGGAUUUCCUCAACGAUGAGACCAACAACAACAAGAAGACCAGGACCUGAAAAUAGUUCAGAUCCACGCUCAUCUCAUUUUGUAAUUCCUUUUUGUUACGUACGUAGCAAUAAAUUAUAUAUAUAUAAUGCUAAUUAUUGCGUAGAGUUUACUAUAAGCAGUAAUUAGUUAAUUAAAAAAAGUAAAAACUAUUUAGUUAGUUUCGAAAGCUUGUUUGAUCUCCAUCUGGUACUCACAAAUUUUCCGAUGGAGUUGAGUUGUGUUCCGUACGAUCGAGGUGGGAGAGUCUUUUAUGUUUUUUGUUUGUUUGUUUGUUUGGUUGAGUAUAUAGGGAUAGUCAGUGUCAUGCAUGGUCUUUUCAUUUUGAUAUGAGCUUAUUUUGUAAAGUUGUGACCUCUUUUUUAUUUUAUUUUUAUUUUGUUUUUCUUUUCCACUUAUACCAUACAAAAUUUUAUUUUACGUU